CCACUCACGGAGGGGGAGUGUGCGUCUCUGUGUGGAGGAUGGCGAGGAGGAUGCAGAUAGACUGUGUGGCUUUUAGCCUUUUACUAGCAUUGACGCUCCAGGCAGGCCACCACCGUCGUGGAAGAGAAAGACAGACCACGCCGUCGAGCUAGCUGGCUAACCUCAGACCCUCAGACCCCGCUGUGUGACAAGAGGACCACAAGCCCAUCCCUCCACGCCGGCCUCGCUUCCACCACUCCCGGGGCCCCCCUCUCAUACUCCAGGACCUGGUCGGUGGAGAUCGACUGCAGCGUGAGCUCCUACACCGUUCUGGCUUCCCUGUCAUGGCAUCAAACAGCAUCUUUGACUCCUUCUCCAACUACAGCAGCAGUCUACUCAGAGAGCCGCCCACAACCAGACGGUUCACGCCGCCCUCCACGUCCUUCCCCUGCAGCAAGCUCGGAGUCGGAGACGGCAACGGGUCCAUGGCCACGCCGGGGCCCCUCAGGUCCAGGUCGGACUCCAGGAACGUGGUGGACGUGCUGGCGGACCACGCCGGAGAGCUGGUCCGGACCGACAGCCCCAACUUCCUCUGCUCAGUCCUCCCGUCUCACUGGAGGUGCAACAAGACGCUCCCGGUGGCUUUCAAGGUCGUGGCUCUCGGUGAUGUCCCCGACGGUACUCUGGUCACCGUGAUGGCCGGGAACGAUGAGAACUAUUCGGCCGAGCUGAGGAACGCCUCCGCCGUGAUGAAGAACCAGGUGGCUCGCUUCAACGACCUGCGCUUCGUGGGCAGAAGCGGACGAGGAAAGAGCUUCACUCUGACCAUCACCGUGUUCACCGGACCUCCACAAGUGGCCACCUACCACCGUGCUAUCAAAGUCACCGUGGAUGGACCACGAGAACCACGCAGGCACAGAGUGAAGCUAGAAGACCCCCAGAAGAUGCAGUUCUCGGACAGGCUGUCAGAGAUCGAGCGCUACCAGCGGUCUAUGCGGAUAGGCCCGGUGAACAAUAAUCAACGCCCCAUCCACCAAACCCACCUAAGCACCACACAAGCCCUGUGGCAGGAGCAAAUGGACACCCCCGCUCUGAAGACAUGCAAGGUGGAGGAGGACCUGAGACCAUGGCCAGGGAGUACAGACCUCUUCAACCAGAGGACCAGCUUCCCGUCUCUGUCGCCGCUGACCGACCCUCGCUUCUCAGACCCCCGCAUGCACUACCCCGGGGCGUUCCCCUACUCCACCAACACCUCCAGCUCCGGCAUCAGCGGCCUCAGCAUGUCAGCCUCCUCUAGAUACCACCACACCUAUCUGCCGCCGCCGUACUCAAACAACCAAAGCCAGAACUUCCAGUCCAACUCCUACCUGUAUUACGGCACAGGCUCUGGUUCCUACCAGUUCUCCAUGGUGGCGCCGUCGAACACCGGGGGCGAGCGCUCCCCCACCCGCCUGCUGUCCUGCUCGGGGGCCACGGGCGCCGGAGGGACCAACAGCCUGAUGAACCCGGGCCUGAACAACCAGAGCGAGGGCGUGGAGGCCGACGGCAGCCACAGCAACUCCCCCACCGCCAUGAGCGCCUCGGGCCGCUUGGAUGAGUCCGUCUGGAGGCCUUACUGACUGACAGACAGCUAGACAAUCAGGGGGUGCAGGAGUUGAGAGGGAGGGAAAGUUAAGAGGAUGAUGAACAAAAAAAAAGACACUGAAAGCAAAAAAAAAAAAAGAGAGAAAUGCUGCAUGUUUGUCUUUUAUUUCUCCGGCACUCGCUUUAAAGACUUUCUCUGUUUUACCAACUCUCUCAAGACUUCCAUGUAUUUUGUACAUUUUGAGCAAAACUCCUGCACUGUGCUAAAACGUGUACUCUUAAAAAGGACUAUAAAAAGCCAUAGAAGAUGUUCAGCUGAAACUGUAAAUAGACGUGAGGGUAAAACCAGAAGCCAUAGUAAUGUUUCAGGAUGUCUGGUGUAAACAGGUACUAAGAACAAAAAGACAAUGGCAGUAUGAUCAAUCAGUACAGCUGAUGAACUGAAAAACCACAGCAGACGUCCAACAAAACAAACUGUUCAGACUGAUCCGACUCACUUGGUCAGUGGAGAAGAGCGGUCGGACUGGAUGCUCGCUCCCUGAGUGACUCCGACAUCCUUCCGAGGCACGGCUGCACUGCUGUAGCAAUCGGCCCUUUUAAGCUUUAAUUUCUGUGGAAGUUGAGAAAAUAUCGUGUCAGUUGUGAAAACAUCUCGAGUUGCAUCCAGGGCUGUUUCAUGUACUUAUGCAGUACCUUAUUGCCUAAUUUAUUAUCCAAAUGGACACAUUAGCCCUUUUGUGCUACGGUAUGCAGUUGGUGUUUCAACACAGAAAAGCAUUUUAUCUGUCGGGACUCACAUGUGUAAGAAAUUAAUUCUCCUCUGCUGUGUCAUCAGUGUAUCGCGUUUCAACAGGACAAUGGCUGAUAUUUUGAGGAAUGUAAAAGACUAACGCAGAGGGGGUGUUUAUUGGUUUCUUUCUCUGCAGGAACAUUUAAGUCCUGUUGUGUCUACUCUUUUUACUUUUUUCCUUACAUUUCUUAUCCAAGCCCUUUUCUGAAAAAAAAAGAAAAAAAAAGUUCUAGUCUGGUAUUUUUGAAACUGGAUGACACGGUUUACUUUUGAUAUUUAUUUGAGCCAAAUUGUGAGGAAAUGUGCGCAUAUACCCAAAAUCCUUAAGCAUUUCUCUCUACCUUUCCUUUUUUAUAUAUAUAUAUACAGUAUAUAUGCCUUAUUUUGUUGUUAAGUAUAAAUUUGGAAUUUGUGUAAUAUAUUGCUACUAAAUUAUGAAAAAAAACAAAAACCUUUAAUGUAAUUAUUUUGUCUUCCAAUGUAGCUUUGAUGCACUAAAAACUUUUAUUCCUUAUGAACCACGCCCAACAGAUUCUGUUAGUGAGAUUAUGUACCGUAAUCCUUUUAAAACUAUUUCCAAAAUUGCCUUCCUGCGCUAAGUAAGCCAUUCGCUUAAUUUUUUGCACUAUGUUUGAAUUUUCAUUUAUUGGGGUUUAUGUAUUUACAAAUAUCUGAAACUCUGCCGAACUAAAUAUUUAAAUAUUCCUUCACACUUAAAAGUGUCCUUUUUAACAAAAAUCCUUUGCCAAGUAAUUAAUGAUGUCACGAUUAGACACCACACACACAUUCCUGCACCACAGGUGUGUGUGCAUAUUCCCCCUGUCCGGAGGGCAUUUUCCCCCUGCAGUUAUACAUGUGAUCCCUCCAUCCCUGGGGGGAGGAAGAGUGUGAGGAUGAAGGGAUAGAAGGAGGAGGCGGUGGGGUCAGAGUGGUAUCUUCUUACCAACACCAAGGGCAGUUAUGCAAAAAAAAAAAAAACCUUCCCUUGUUGUGCACAGGUCCCUUUGUUCUGUAUAAUCAGUGAGUGCUUUGAAGCCUUUCUGGUCUAAUUUACUGAUCAUCGGUGCCAAGGGGCUCAUGGCUCUGCCAAUAAUUCACACGCCCGCACAGAUCGUGUGGGCAUGAGCUGUGUAGAGGCAUUUAAAGCAGGUAUCAGGUGUCUAAUAUCUGCUCGAAAAGUCUUCCACAAGAGGGAAGCAUCCAUGACUCUUAGUGGCUACAAAAGUGAGAUUUGAUUUCAAAGUGAAUCCAAAGAGGCUUGCAUUUGCAGCUCAGGUAAAAAAAUAAGUUAUGCAAGGAGUUUUGUAGAUCUCACAUAAAGACUCUCUGCCUUAUUCCUCUUCUUUUUUAAACAAUCAGUAGCAACGUCUCAUUCCUGUCUCGCUUUUGAUUAAGAUGAAAAGCAUGUUUUCUUUACGCGGUAGAGGACCUUACUUUAUUAUGGGCAAAAAAAAUCAUGCAGCUAGAGAAACCACAUGUGUACUUAUAUUUGUGUGGUUCCUUAAAAAAAACUAAACCAAAGAUCUUCACAACUGCCUGUAAUACUGUCAGGAUGAUGGGAAAGACGUCUCGAUUGAUCUCUAAUAUCAUUCUUUAUGCAAAACUAGGAAGCCAAAAAUGUACAAGUGAGUUGUAUUUUAUUGUAUAUUGGAUUUAAGAGCACAAUGUUACUUUUCUUUUUUUUUACAAAAUUCCCCUUUUUUCCUUUUCAUAUACCAAAAUGUUAAUUCAUCUUUCAUUUUCUCCUUAUGCUCAAAGCAUGUACAUCUGAAACUGAUAUGUUAAUUUAAGAAUCUCAUCUAUGUAUGUAAUGAUAUCGUUAAUGCUUCCAUACUGAGUGCUUGUAAAGUUUGCGGAUAAUGUAGUUUUUAAUCAUUUUAAUUAAAAAACAUGUGUCUCA